CCGCCGGCGCGUGCGCGCGGGAGGCUGCGCGCGCCCUGCCGCGGCGGAGCGGCCGUGACGAUGGUGGCCAGCGGGCGGGCGCGGAAGCUGGCCCGGCGCUACCGGCUGGCCGUGGCCACGGCCCUCGCCAUCCUCCUGCUCCAGGGGCUCGUCCUCUGGACCUCCGCCGGCCUCGACGAGGAGGGACCGGCCGAGGAGCGGCAGAAAAAAGCCCGGUUGCCCGAGAGCAGCGAUGGCUCCAAGGACUCAGACAGCUCUGCCGGGCGCCGGGGCAGCGCCAGCCGAAAGCACGGGCGAUGGCGGGGACGGCCGGACAGCCCCGGGGUGCUGGUGUCCAAGGUGGUGAGAGCCGUCACGGUGAGACACAAACUGGGAUGGAGGCUGCCGGCCGCGCCGGACUCCUCCAGCCGCAGGAACCUGACGGAGCUGCGCGGGGAGGCCCAGCUGGCCGUCUUCCAGCAGGGAGACACAGGCAGCGUGGAGGGGGCUCCCCAGCCCACCGAGAACAGCUUCACCCCCAAGUGCGAAAUCACGGGCAAAGACGCCCUCUCGGCGCUGGCCCGGGCCAGCAGCAAGCAGUGCCAACAGGAGAUCGCCAACGUGGUGUGUCUGCACCGGGCCGGCAGCCUCAUGCCCCAGUCUGUACCUCGCCACUGCCAGCUCUCGGGCAAGGUCAGCCCUGUCAUCCAGUGGGACGAGAGCCGGCUGCAGCAGAUGCCCCCCAGCAAGCCCGUGCGCAUUGCCUACAUGCUGGUUGUGCAUGGCAGGGCCAUUCGCCAGCUGAAGCGGCUCAUCAAGGCUGUGUACCACCAGCAGCACUUCUUCUACAUCCACGUCGACAAGCGCUCCAACUACCUCCAUCGCGAGGCAGUGGAGCUGGCCCGGCACUACCCCAACAUCCGUGUGACACCCUGGCGCAUGGUGACCAUCUGGGGAGGUGCCAGCCUGCUCAAGAUGUACCUGCGUAGCAUGAAGGAUCUGUUGGAACUGGCCGAGUGGCCCUGGGACUUCUUCAUCAACCUGAGUGCCACUGACUACCCCACGAGGACCAAUGAGGAGUUGGUGAUGUUCCUAUCCAAAUACAGAGAUAAGAACUUCCUGAAGUCUCAUGGCCGAGACAACGCCAGGUUUAUCAAGAAGCAGGGCCUGGACCGCUUGUUCCACGAGUGCGACUCCCACAUGUGGCGGCUGGGUGAGCGCCACAUCCCUGAGGGCAUCGUGGUGGAUGGAGGCUCCGACUGGUUCUCGCUGACACGCAGCUUCGUGGAGUACGUGGUCUAUGCCGACGACCAGCUGGUGUCCCAGCUGCGCCAGUUCUACACGUACACACUCCUGCCAGCCGAGUCCUUCUUCCACACGGUCCUGGAGAACAGUCACGCCUGUGAGACACUGGUCGAUAACAACCUCCGAGUCACCAACUGGAACCGGAAGCUGGGCUGUAAGUGCCAAUAUAAACACAUAGUCGACUGGUGUGGGUGCUCCCCAAAUGACUUCAAACCCCAGGACUUCCUCCGGCUACAGCAACUCUCCAGACCCACCUUCUUUGCCCGCAAGUUUGAGUCGACGGUGAAUCAGGAGGUGCUGGAGAUCCUGGACACGCAUCUCUACGGCAGCUACCCUCCCAGCACACCGGCCCUGAAGGCAUACUGGGAGAACGUCUACGACCGCGUUGAUGGGCUCAGUGGCCUCAGUGAUGUCACUCUCACUUUCUACACAGCCUUCUCCAGGCUGGGGCUCCACAAAGCUGCCUCCACGCCAUCAGCGAAGGCUGACAAGCUCUGCAGAUUUGAACCCCAGGGCUUCCCAUCCAGUGUGCACUUAUACUUCUAUGACGACCGUUUCCAGGGUUACCUCGUGAUGCAGGAAGUGCAGAAUUCGGCAACCGGGCAGGCAGAGUCUCUGGAGGUGUGGAUGAUGCCCCAAGGAGCUCUGAAGCUGGCAGGUCACGGAGGGCAGGCAAACCGCUUACAAAACCUUGAGGUGGGCACGGAGUGGGACCCCAAGGAAAGACUCUUCCGCAAUUUUGGAGGCUUGAUGGGGCCUUUUGAUGAGCCGGUGGCCAUGCAGAAGUGGUCGCGGGGUCCCAACCUGACGGCCACGGUGGUGUGGAUAGACCCCACCUACGUCAUCGCCGCCUCCUACGACAUCACGGUGGAUGCCGAGGCAGAGUUCACCCAGUACAAGCCCCCCCUCAAUCGGCCCCUCCGCCCUGGCGUCUGGACCAUCCGCCUCCUCCAGUUCUGGGAGCCCCUGGGGGAAAACCAGUUCUUGGUGGUGCCCCAGACUUUCAACCGCAAGCAGCCUCUCAGGAAAGAUGACAGCAACUGGCUGCACGGUGGGCCCCCUCGCAACGAGUACAUGGAGCAGAGCUUCCAGGGCCUGGGGGGGAUCCUCAACCUGCCGCGCUCCGAGGAGGCGGAGGAGGCAGCGGUGCGGAAGGCUCAGCUGACGGGCAAGGAGCUGGAGGACUGGGCGGACGGUGCCAUCGGCGCCUUCUGGUCCGUGGCGGAUGUCUGCAUCGGCAGCCCCUCCGCCUGCACCUCCCUGGAGACCUGCAGGGAAACCUCCUGGAGCUCCCUCUCCCCGGACCCCAAAUCAGAACUGGGGCCCGUCAAACCUGACGGGCGGCUGAGGUAGCAGGAGCAGCCGGGGGGGCGGCGGCCUUGGGAGCGAGGAGCAUCCUCCGUCACCGGCGUGGGGGGGGUGUCUCCAGACUACAUCACCCCGUGCCAUUUGCACCGUAGUCGCUUGAGGAAGAGAGAACGGGAGCCUCCGGGUGGGGGAAAACCACCUCCUGUGGCAUAUUUUGAGCGGAGGAGGAGGAGGUGCGAGGGCGGUCUUGCCCACCUCCCCCGGGAGAGCGUGCCGGGGCACCCGCUGCUGCAGGGGCACAGACAGCACUGGUGGCUGGGAAGAGCUGUGCGCUUGUUCCUUCAGGCCUUGGAGCCUCGGGAAGGGGUGAUGGGGGAGGGAGGGAAGGCUGGCGGAUGGGCGGACUCCGGACCAACUCAGCACCCUGCCCAGCCCCAGGCUGGAUCUCUGCAGGAUUAGGCCCUGUGCUGCUGGCUGCCCCCCUGGGAGGGCUGGCAAGGGACUCUAGGGACAGGCAGGAGCAGAAUGGGUGGAAGCCUGCCACGUGCACCGAGCUGCUGCUGGCCCAGGGCUUGCAUCUCAUCCCCUCCACCCCAGCCCUUUAGUUUGUAUUUUUAUAAAUAUAUAUAUAGAAAUAUAUAUGAUGCAAAGUGCAAUAGAGACGAGACCCCGCAUUGGCCGGGAAGUCCUUGUGUCUCCAUCUCCCCUCAGACUGUAACAUACCUUGUUCUCUUGGGUGUCCUGGUGCUACAGGACAGGGUGCUGGGUUGUUUACACAUUAUUUUUUUUUUUAUUAGUAGUAUUACUAUUAUUGUUUUGCUGUUUCCCCAUUUCCUGCUGGGGGCUGCUGGGGAGCUGCACCCUGCUGCCCCUCGGGCAGGGUCGGUUGUGGGGUGCUGCCUGCCCCUCCAAGGCAGCUGCCCGACUGUGCCAAAUAUUUGGAGCUGCAGGUGCGUGUUGCGUGACGGCGAGCAGGGGAGCGCUCGCUUCGCGGUUCCAGUCUGACAAGCCGCUGUAGACCCCGCUGCAUCCGUCUCCGCUUCAGCAAAGGGACACCCUGGUCCCCUGCCAAAACGCCAUCCGCGGGGCUGACGUCCUGCUGUGGGUGAGACAGCAGCUUGCUGUGCCCAGAGGGCUGCCCUGUGCCACGGCUCCUUGGGCCAACUUUUAUUUUCUCCUGUGUCGGCGAAAGCUCUCGGGAUCUGCUGUGCUUCCCUGGCCAAAAAGCAAAGAGGCGAGACAAGGUCCAGCCGGCUCCACCCGCUCUCCUCUGUUUCUGCUCGCCCCUUGGCUGGAGGGAAGAGAUGCCGUCUCCAAGGAAGGGGUGCAGCGGGGCCUCUUCAUCCUCCCAUGCUUGGGGACUGCCUGCGCCAUUCCUGUCUCCAAGACCAACGCUCCGUGGAGAAGUCUGGGUUUGGUUUUCAUCCCGGGAAGACGCUUCACAUCUUGCCUGCAGCCCGGGCAGGGGUAUUGCCCCCACAUAGCCGGGGAGCUGCUGGGGACACGCUGGAGCCUGGCUGGCCCAACCCCUCUGCCUGAGGCUGGGGCAGCAGCAGCCAGGGGCUCAGGGCCCGGGCUAGGCGGGGUUUUGCCAUCUUCCAAAGAUUUGUGCCAUCCUCCGAAGCCCCGGGCUUCCCUGCCUGCCUGGGCUCGUGCUCCCGGUCUCCCCAGUUUAAGGAUGUUGGUGCUGCAAGCGGCGCGUUGUAAAAUGGAGUGGGGGGGACACUCCCUCUGGGGGUGCUCUGGGGAUGUGGGGUGAGAGGGGCUGUGCAGGUCCAGCCCUCGCUGCAGGGGAGGACGCCAAAACUCUGUGUCGGAAGCAUUAUGUAAAGUUGUCUUAAAUAUGCAACAUCACCCCAAAUAUAUCUAUAUCUCUA